CGGUUUGAGUUGUUGUAGUAGAAACAAGGUAAAAAAAUCACUUUGCCAAUAAAAGCAUUCAGUAAUUGCAAAGUUAAGAUAUAUAAGUGCUUUGUAGAUGCUGCUAUAAUCAAAGUACUGUUUAUUGAAAAUUAGUUCCAGUACAUGGAUUUGUGUUAGUUACUAAUAUAAAGGUUCCACUUUAGUUGUUAUCCUGCGGAUGAAAUACGGUAACACACGGGAAGAAGAUUCUCGCAACUGCAAGCAGGUUUACUAUCAGAUUCAAUACUUUGAAAGCCGAAAACGUCUGGUUUUGUGCAAACGCAAACAACGGAAAAGUUUGUGAACUGCGACGGUCGGAGUUUGCUGAGUACAGGGUUCAGCUCGGCGUGCAUGAAAACACGCAUGUUCGAUAACACUUUACCAGAUAGUUAAAAAAAAUGUCGGAGAGUUCUGACAGCCGCACUAAAACGCUAAACUUCAAUGUCGGCGUGCUCGGACAUGUUGACAGCGGGAAGACUUCACUCGCCAAAGCGCUGAGCAGCACGGCGUCUACGGCUGCCUUCGACAAGAACCCGCAGUCCCGGGAGCGAGGGAUCACGCUGGACCUCGGUUUCUCCUCUUUCACGGUGGACUUUCCCGAUCACCUGCGAGACAGUGAAGGGCAGCAGCCAUAUGACAGCCUUCAGUUUACUCUGGUGGACUGUCCGGGCCAUGCCUCUCUGAUCCGGACUAUUAUCGGAGGUGCCCAAAUCAUAGACCUGAUGAUACUGGUGGUGGAUGUGGUGAAGGGCGUGCAGACUCAGACUGCAGAGUGUCUGCUGAUAGGAGAGCUGACGUGCCCUCGCAUGGUCGUCGUCUUGAAUAAGAUUGAUCUACUGCCUCCCAACAAGAGACAAAGUUCCAUUGAGAAAAUGACCAAAAGGCUACACAAAACGCUGGAGAACACCAGAUUUAAGGAAUGUCCAGUGAUUGCUGUGGCAGCCAGGCCUGGGGGCCCAGAGGCCUCUGACACAGAGGAGCCACAGGGAGUGCCACAGCUCAUAGAGCUUUUGAAGAAGCAGACGUACUUCCCGAAAAGAGACCCCAAAGGUGACCUUCUUAUGGCUGUGGACCACUGCUUCUCCAUCCGCGGCCAGGGAACUGUCAUGACUGGGACCAUCCUGCAGGGGUCACUGGCCAUAAACGAUUCAGUGGAAAUUCCUAUGUUGAAGGUGACCAAGAAAAUAAAGUCGGUGCAGAUGUUUCGGAAGCCAGUGUCUGGGGCCAUGCAGGGGGAUCGAGUGGGUGUGUGCGUGACACAGUUUGACCCCAAACUGUUGGAGCGAGGUUUGGUGUGCACUCCCGAGUCCCUGCGCACCCUCUUUGCAGCGGUCAUCUCUGUGAGGAAGAUAGGCUACUUCAAGGGCUCUCUUGCCACCCGUGCCAAGUUUCACAUCACAGUGGGCCAUGAGACGGUCAUGGGGAGGGUGACCUUCUUUGGCCUGACCCCCUCUGACUCUAAACAAGCUGAGUCAGAGCCCUGCUCACUCCAAACACCCUUUAACUUUGACAGGGAGUACUUAUAUCUGGAUGAAUAUGCCACUGGCCAAGGAGACGGGAGCCCUGGGCCUGACCCAGAGCAAUGGGCCCUAUUGCAGUUUGAUCGUCCUGUCACAUGUCCUGCUCUCUGUCUGGUAAUCGGCUCCAAGCUGGACACGGAUAUCCACGCCAACGCGUGUCGGCUGGCCUUCCAAGGGCGCCUUCUGCAGGGUUUCGAAGAUAAAGGCUACGCCGAGACCGCUCUGCCCCGUCUGCGCAUCUACAAGACCAAACACAAGGAGGGACAGGUGGAGAGGGUGACCGAUGACUACACCGUGAUUGGCCGCAGUCUGUUCAAGAAAGAGACCAACCUGCAGCUAUUCGUGGGGUUGAAGGUCACUCUGUCGACCGGCGAGAGCGGUGUCAUAGAGGGAGGCUUUGGACAGAGCGGGAAAUUCAAGAUUCGUAUACAAGAGGGUCUUCGCCCAGAAACCAAGCAGUGUUUGUCUUCCUCCGCAAAGAAGAAAGGGAAGAGUGGGAACAAAGGGGCAACAGCAAAUGAAGAGGAGCCCAAAGCAGACUCCCAACCCGUUAGCAUACACCUGCAUUUCAAGAGAUAUGUUUUCGAUCCUCAUAAAAAGAUGGUUCAGACUUGACCUCUUGCACACUUUUCUGUUUUAUUUCAUCCUGGAGCACCAGCCACAGACAGAGAACAGCAUCAGAGGUCUCAUCCAGGUGGGGUCACCAACAGCCUUGGAUAUGAAGGAUGUUAGCUUUUAUUGCCUUUUUUUCUGGAGCGAGUCUGCUUAAAUGCAAUGAUUGUGGCAGACGGAACUCCUGUUUUAAGGAGCAGGGUGUAAUCCCAUUAGCUGCUCUUAUGUUUUUUAACUCAGGAUUUUUGUUCCGCUGAUGAAAUCUGAAUGAAUUUCUCUGACGAGCAACAAACCUGUCUUUCAUCAUGUUUUGAAUUCCUGAUCAACAGAAAGACAUUAGCAUAAAUCUGAGAGCUUAGUGUGUUGCAGAUAACACUUCUUUGGCUCCAACUUUUCGUCUCCAGACUCAUUACUCUGGAAGCCAGUUGGUUGUCAUUUCUACAGAGUUCAUCUCAGUUUCAGGUGAUUAUUGAUUUGACACUGAGGUGUAUUUGCUGGGUCUGAAUCAAAUGCUGAUCGUCUGAGAAAGAUAAAUAAAACAAACUGCAAUAUUUGCCCUAAAUCUGGAUGUGCCAACUAUUAUUGUUCGUGAUGCAUGAAAUAAACAAUGUUUUCAAACUCCAUUUACAGAUAAACUGAUAAAUCAGUACAAUGUUAGAAAAGGUGUCACAAUAAGCAUAUAACAAAACAGAAUAGUAAGCAAUGAACAGGAAUUAAACCUUGAGUAAAUAAUGAAGUCAAAAUGUGUUAAUGACUUAUUGAACUCCUAUCCAGAAUGCCUCCUUGUAGCUAAAUUUGACCCACUUUCCAAUUUUGCGCAUCCCCUUGCAUUUUCUAACGCCUAUCCAUUAUUUAUACCGCUUUAUCUAGCAGAAAGAGGGGCUGGAUAUCCCUGCUGACCCUGGGCAGGAGGUG